AUGCCUCCCACCCCUUCCUUGGUCUCCGACUGCGCCAGUAGUGCGUCACCAUCGAGGGUGGGUCCUUUACCGACAUCAUUUUUACACGACGAACCCGAAUUCCAGUUCCGCGUGGCAAGAUGGGCCUCGACACUUCGCACUGUGGAAGAAGACGAGUUUGUAAUCCUACCCGCUCUUCCCACUCUCGCCUUCGCUUUCAAUCGUAUUCUCAAAGCGUCAAAUAAUCGCUCCAAAGAACAUGCUCAGCGUCGUGCCAUUGACGACAUUAUCGAAUUAGCUUUUAGUGCGAGGCGUGAUCGUCAUUGUAAUUUUGGAACUGAAGAGGGCUAUCGCCUUGUGGGGUCGCCUGGCAAUCCGGAUGCGGUGUCCGACACCUUGGUGACAAUUCCUUCAGUGACCAUCGCUGAUAAAAUAGGAGUGACUCGGCUUUCCUUUCAAACACCAUCCACUGCAGAACACCUCUAUUGGUCCACUGGCGGGUCGAUGGACGGCUUUUCAAUCAUUGGGUUCCCUGGAGAAUUCAAGGCGGAUGAGAAUCACUCCAAUAAGAACCAGGUAAUUAUGGCGCUUGUCACUGCACAGGCGCAGCGGAAAGCUCUCGAACUCAAGCAUUCUAUCAUCAUGGGGGCUAUCGCCUCUCGUGGCCACGUGCAAAUUCUCUCUUCGUACAGGAAAAGUGAGAACUCGUUCGUUUACAUCCACGCGCACAAGCAACUGUUUGAUCUGUCCGACCCUAGUCAGCUGAUACGUCUGUACGUUUUUUUUUCGAAGCUCGAGAGGGAUUUCCAGGGUACCAUCGCCUCGGAGCUCCUGACUACAGUAGAAAACGUCGUCGGACAAAUGGCGGUAAUUCGGGCAACAGUAAUGGUAGUCUUAUGGAUGCGGAUGGAUUCGAUGGUGGUCCUGAAGGUGCGGAUGGAUUCGAUGGUGACCAGUACAUGGACAUUAUAA